AUGGCAUCGGCGCGACUCAACCAUGACGCACGCCUGCCUGUGGAUGUGAUCAACGACAUGUUGUAUCAAGGGGGAGGUGGUGGUCGGUGCACGUUUGGGUGCCAGGCAGCGUUCAACGACACCCUUGCGGUUGCGGCGACGCCCGCGCCGCCUAUAAAACACGCUGGCGCCGCCUCGAGUCGUCGUCAUGACCCCACCCUCUUUCGCACAACUUUCAAAUCGCCGCUGCAGCUCGAUCUCAAGAUCGAGUCCGCGUCGAAGAACGUGGCAGGCCUCGGACCGUAUGCCCCUCCAAGCUCCCACGACUUUCGCCCUGUCGAUGGCGAAAACGUCGACAAGGACGACUUUCGCGCCAAAUUCACGCUGCCGUCCAACCAAGAUCUUCGUCGCCAAAUUGCGCAGGACCAAGAAGGGUACCUGAAAGGCGCAUCCUUGAAAAACGUCAUGUGCGAUCGAUACGACCCCAGUCAAGAUGGCAAGCCGGACUUUCGCUUGCAACUGCCACACACGUCGACCAAAACGGGCAACCUCAACUUGCGUUUGCAAGUGACACUGGAUCAAGCUGGGUUGUUUCACGGCGGUCAGAGUAUUCGCGACCACCGAUUCCGGCGCGAUGACGACGACCCACCGGUGCACAACCACCGCACGUACACGGCCCUAACACCGCCUUGUGUCCAGGUCGACGCGCCGCGCUUUGAACUCGAAUUCAAGCCGACGGGCAAAGGCUACGGCUGUGUGGACAUGGGGUCGAAACGCAGACCAGACAGCAUCACGUAG